AUGUAUAUCAAACAGAUUACGAUUCAAGGGUUCAAAUCCUACAAGGAUCAGCUCACUUUUGCACCUUUCAGUCCCAAACACAAUGUCAUUGUGGGCAGAAAUGGUUCAGGAAAGAGUAACUUCUUUUCAGCUAUCCGCUUUGUGCUCGGUGACAGCUUCCAGAGCCUCAACAAGGAAGAAAGACAAGCUUUAUUGCAUGAAGGCACUGGUUCAGCAACCAUUUCAGCGUAUGUGGAAAUAGUGUUUGACAACUCGGAUAAUCGAUUCCCAACUGGAAACAACGAGGUGGUUUUGCGACGAAGCAUUGGCUUGACCCUUGACGAGUACUCUUUGGACAAGAAAAGCGUCUUGAAAUCGGAUGUCAUGAACUUGCUUGAGAGUGCUGGUUUUUCACGUUCCAAUCCCUAUUACAUUGUUCCUCAGGGCAGAAUCAACGCAUUGACAGUCGCCAAGGAUGAAGAUCGACUUAAGUUGCUCAAGGAAAUUGCGGGCACUCACGUGUACGAGCAAAAGCGUAGUGAAAGUAACAAGAUCAUGGAGGAAACAGAGGCGAAGCUUACCAAGAUCAAUGAGGUGUUGGAUUAUAUCAAGGAGCGUUUGACUGAAUUGGAAGAAGAAAAAGAGGAAUUGUCGCAAUACCAGACAUUGGAUCGUUCACGUCGCUCAUUGGAAUACACCAUUUAUAUGCGUGAACAAGUGGAGACCAAUGAGAAGCUUGAAGAAGUGGACACGCAUCGACGACGCGAUUUGACCAACAGCGAGAAUAAGCGCCAAGAAUACCUUGACAAUGAGAAAAACAUGACCAGUUUGGAAUCAUCUGUGCGUGAUCUCAAGCAAUCUUUGAAGUUUUUGGAAGAUGAAAAGAGCGAGUUGCAAGAAGAACGGGAAUCCAUUGUCAAGGCAAAGGCCAAAUUGGAGCUCUUGAUCAAGGAUCUCGAAUACGGUGAAAUGACAGAAAUCGAAUACCAGAACAAGUUGGCGUCUAACCUUCGAAGCAUCGACCACGAGAUUGCUCAAGUGGAAAAGAACAUUGCCGAUUUGACUCCACGCUUUGAAGAAUUACGUGCAACCGAUACUCAGGCACGCCAAGCCCUUCGAUCAUUGCAGGCCCAACAACAAAGCAUUCAUGCCCGGCAAGCACGCCUCUCUCGUUUCAGCAGCAAAGCAGAGCGUGAUGAGUGGUUACAAACCCAAAUCAAUGACUUGAAUGCCAACUUGACCGUUCGCAAUAAUCAGCUUGGCAUCUUGGAGGAGGAAAAGAAGACUGCCGAAGAACAAGUGUCACAGCGCGUGAAAAAGAUCCAAGCCGUCCGAGAUACGUUGAAAAAGCGACAAUCGAUGCAACAGGAUUUGGCAGAAGAAGAGGUGUCACUGAGAGAAGCACGUGAUGAAGCGACUGAGAGACGUAAACAAUUGUGGCGUGAGGAAGCAAGAUUGGAAUCGACCCUCAAGAACUGCAAUGAGGAAGUACGCAAAGCACAACGCAUCUUAUCAUCGACCAUCGACAAGAACACAGCCAAUGGACUUGAAGCUGUAUCCAACAUCACAAAGUCGCUCCAUUUGGAAGGGGUCUAUGGACCUAUUUUCGAAUUGUUUGAUGUGGAUGAUCGACUCAAGACGGCUAUUGAGGUGGCAGCAGGAUCGAGCCUUUUCCAUGUGGUAGUUGAUACGGAUGAAACAGCCACGCGCUUGCUUGAAGUGAUGAAUGAGCAAAAAGCCGGCCGCGUUACAUUUAUUCCUUUGAAUCGUAUCAAGAGCCGUGUUGCUGAGUUUCCUACUUCGAAUGAUGUGAUUCCUGCACUUGACAAGAUUCAAUACGAUGCCCGUUUCCAAAAGGCCUUUGAGCAAAUCUUUGGCAAUGUUGCUAUUUGCCCUAAUCUCGAGGUGGCUGCCAGCUAUUCAAAGUCGCACAAUCUUAGCGUGGUGACCUUGGAGGGUGAUCGAGUGGAUCGUCGUGGUGCGCUCUUUGGUGGUUAUGUUGACUUGCAACACUCACGGUUGGAUGCUGCCAAAAAGUUGAGAACAUGGCAGACGAAGCUCACUGAAGAGACAAAGCGUGGUCAAGAUAUCAAGCAAGAAAUUGCCAAAUUGGAUCAACAAGUAACCGACAUCUUGAGCAAGUUGCAAGUCGUAGAGUCGAAAAAGAAGCAGCUGCAACUCCAGGGCGAUACCAGCAGUUAUGAAUCCCGAUUACGCAAAGAGGAAGAUGCUAUCAAACAACUCAUUGAUGCAAAGGAAAAAUCACUCGAGGAUAUCCGUGCCAAUGCAGCAUCAUUGCAACAACAAAUCGAGAGCUACCAAUCAGAACUUGCAUGCGAGCCAUCGCAUACCUUAUCUUCUGAGGAGCAAGCACUAUUGACACAAAACAGUCAACAAAUUGAGCAAAUGAAGCAGCGUCUUGUGGAAAUCUCUUCUGCCAAAGCUGAAGCAUCUCAUGAACUCAACACGCUCAAGGAUCGUUUGGAGAAUGAUUUGAAACGACGACGUGAGGAGCUGGCCUCCAAGAAGGAACGUGCCACUGCUGAUAGUAGCAGCAAUGAACUUGCUCGUCGACAAAAGGAGGAGAAGCGGUUGGCAAAGAAACAAGGACGUUUGACAAAGAGGAUAGCAGAACUUGAUACUGAAAUUGAUAAGCAGCAAGAAGAGCUUCAAAGACAAGAACAAGCUUUGGAUCAGCUGCAGACCGAGCAAACCAACCUCUCUCAAAGCAUCAGCAAAUAUGAAAAGAACCUUGAACGAUGUCUCUUGCGACGCUCUUUGCUCUUGCAACGUAAGGAAGAGGUCAACAGCAAUAUCAGAGAAUUGGGUGUCCUUCCUGAAGAUGCAUUUGAAAAGUAUUCGAGUUACAGUGUAAACAAGCUUUUACGACGAUUGCAUCGAGCCAACGAACAAUUACAACAAUAUGGUCACGUCAACAAAAAAGCAUUUGAGCAAUAUGGUAUCUUCACCAAGCAAAGAGAUCAGCUGACAACCCGAAAGGAAGAGUUGGACACGACUGCUGAGUCGAUCCGAGGUCUUGUGGAUUCGCUCGAUAGACGAAAGGACGAGGCUAUUGAACGCACUUUCCAGCAAGUGGCCAACAAUUUUGCUGAGAUUUUUGAAACGUUGGUGCCAGCAGGUCGAGGUGAAUUGGUGAUUGAACGUAAACCAUCAGCGGCGGCGGCAUCGGAUGAAGCCAUGGAUGUUGAUGAUGGCGGCGAGGCCACCACGAGUGAAGAAAGUUACACAGGCGUUUCUAUUAAGGUGUCAUUCAAUAGCAAAUCAGAUGAAGGCAUGAUUAUGCAACAAUUGUCGGGUGGUCAAAAGUCACUUGUUGCUUUGGCAUUGAUCUUUGCGAUUCAAAAGUGUGAUCCAGCACCCUUUUAUUUGUUUGAUGAAAUUGAUGCCAACUUGGAUGCUCAAUACAGAACAGCUGUGGCAGAAAUGAUUCAUCAAAUGUCAACCCAUGGACAAUUCAUCACUACCACUUUCCGACCCGAGCUACUUGCCAAUGCAGACCAAUUCUAUGGCGUCACAUUCCAGGGCAAGGUCUCUCGAAUCCAUGAGAUUUCAAAGGAGAAUGCAUUAGGCUUUGUGGAACAGGAACAAGCGCAUUAA